AUGUUUUCCCACGCCGUCAAGUCCCUCGUGGCCGCGCUGGCCUUGGGCGCCGCCGUCGCGUCCGCAACGAAUCCUGUCAGCUCCAACGCAAUCAUGAGCCGCCGACUCACCGAGUACCUGAUGCCCGUCACGACUGCGACGCACGAAUUCGCGCGGGUGCCCAACGCAAACUUGAUCCUCCUGACCCAAAUGUCCAACAGCGAGCUUGUCAAGAUCGAACUCGAUGCAGCCACCGAGGAGCCCAUCGCCUACCACUCGUUCCCCAUGGGCCAGAACAACCAGUCGAUGCUUCACGGCGUGUGGCCAUCGACCAAGUACCCCGGACUCGUGUGGCUGUCGCUGCAGGCCGACAACAAGCUGCUGCUCGUCGACCCCGGCAAGAACCUCUCGAGCGUCCCGAAAAUUCGAAGGACGAUCGAUAUUCCCAAGCCCGGAAAGGGUCCACACUGUGUGUUUGAGAUUGGCGACCGCGUGUGGGCGGGUCUGAAGGAGGCGUCGGAACAGACUGGCGAGUACUACGUCUUCUCGGCCGACAUGCACCGCAACUCGACCAAGCUAUACCAGUGCCUCAACAGCCCCGUCUUCAUCGCCGAGGAGCCCGCUACCGGCCUGUUCUACGCGACCCAAGACAACGACUCGUCAAUCAUGCGCAUCAACGUCACCAGCGGCGAGACGAGCCAGAUCCCAAUCCCACCAAGUGUCGGCAACAAUGCUGUCGGUAUGAUCUCGAUUGCUUCCGGCCCCUUGCGCGGUGUCUGGUUCACUCUCGCUGGCAACGCCACCGGGGGCACCGGUACCUUUGGCCAUAUUGGAGCUGAAGGCAAGAUCAAGUUCUUCUCGCUUCAGCACGAAAUCCUCGGCGGCAAUGCUGGCUUGCUACACCUCGCGGAUGCCUCCACUGAAGCCGAUGGCCCAGCCUUGUGGCUGCUGUCGACCUCGCUGCUCAGCACUAACUCGCCCGACGCCCUGAUCCGCGUCACCUUUGACGACUCCAUUUCGUCUGUUAACGGUGAAGAGUACAUCUCCAUGCAGACGCAGAACGCCAAGGUGCACCGUGUUCUGCCUCUCAAAUCCUCCGUCAUGGUUUCCGAGCUCAACACUUUCACCCUCGCUCAGCUCAAGUACAACAACACCGUUGCUGGGCAGUGGCUGCCAGCUGAGCUUGCCAGUGACGACACGGUCUACGCCGAGGCUGGUUAA